CAUCGAUUUUCUAAGCUCAGGAGGAGGCGGAAAACAGCAACAAUAGGUGAACAGCUACCGCAGCAGAAAAAAAAAUAGCACCUUCCUCUCCGAGCUGGAAAAGCUUCUGUCGCCAUCAGCAACACCAAAACGUUCGCCGUUCAGCCCAAGACCAGUCAGUUAAGCCUCGGAUCUCCUUCGAAACGGUUGUCUUUUUUCCACCUGGUGCGCGGAAAAUCUUCGGAACGGAAUCGGUACUCAUCCAACAAUAACAGUAUAGUAGCUAUUCAGUGACGGCAACUCGAAGAGAUUGCAACAUAUGCCGUUUUCGGAGUGCAGCCAAGCAGUUAGUCGAAGUUACGAAAAAAAGAACCCAUAACUGGUUGAAAUUUAUUCAUGACGACCAUCAAACGACUUAUAAAAAGUGAAGUUUAAUUUUCGCAACAAUUAGCGCGCCCCGCGGUUCAAAUGGGUGCAACAGGUGAACCUCAAUCGUCAAUUAAGUGGGAAUUAAACGGCUAAUUCGAAUUUGGACAUGUGGCUGGCCCGUGCCGGGCCAAUCGGGUUCCUCUUCUCGCACCCCAACUCAAGUGAAGUCGAAAGUGAAGAAAAAUGACCAGUGUGUGAGAUGGUGCCCCGCGCCGUUGUUGCUUGAAAAGAGAGUGAAAAUAAGGUGGAAAAUCAGCCGGCCGUGUCCGUUUCUUUGGUGUAAUGAAGAUUUGAUUAUUGUCUUCUGUAUGUAUGGAGCUUCCGUUGUAACAUACCCAAACAAAAAAACAUCCCAAACGCUCAGUGGUCAGUGAAACCGCGCCAGUCGGAAAUCGAAGAUUUAUUGUCGCUUCGGAGGUAAAUUCGGCGCGAAGAGCCUCCAAUCGGAACUAAUUAACAGUGGACGGUAAUGCCAGCCUCUAUCAUCAUCGGUGCACUAAUCGGGAAUAAUCGUUUCGUCGGCGCAAAGCAGUCACCGUGCGGAUAGGUGUGCCGACCGAAAGGUAACUGACCAAGAAGGUACAAACCGGCUGAAAAUUUGGCGAUUAAUUCGAUCCGAUAGAUUGAAGUGAAAGUGAUUUCCUGUAACUGCGUCGCUUACGGAGAAUGGAGCCAUAAACCUACAAAUAAACUUACGAAAAUGAGUUACCGACCCCAAUUAACGUAAGGAUUCAGCAGUGCUCGCUUUGUCUCGAAUUAAUAAUGAGAUAUGAAAACAUUGAAAGUGAAAGCAUCGAACCGGCAGAAAAUGAACACAAACUUACCGAACGAUAAAUUCGGAUGAUAGAGCUUCGUACAUGUAAAACAAUCCUUAAUCAAAAUGGAUAAAAUCGCCAAAUUGUUACCGAAAUGUGGCAGACGAUCGAACGUGAGGCCAACUACUGUCCAAGCGUUGCUGAUAACGCUCGUCCUGCUUGCUACCAUCGUCGGAAGCUGGCCAGGCGCUUCGGGUCAACGGGAUACGAUCUGCCCUCCACAGGACAUCAUCCUACCUUGUCGGUGUUCUCAACGGGGUAGCGAAAUUCAAAUAUGGUGUUCACAUAGCGAUCUACCACGGGUGCUGACCGGCUUGAAAGCCGUUUCCAAAUCGAUCAACAGACCAAUCGAUGAGCUAAUACUGGAGAACAACUUCCUCCCUUCGCUUCCCGGACGGACGUUUGCUCCGUUGAACAUCCUACGGUUGAUGUUGCGACACAACGGACUCGAGCGGGUCUCCAACGGAUGGUUAAAUGAACUGGACAAGAGCUUAGUCGAGGUUUUCAUCGUCGAACGAAAUCUACGCAGUCUACCGAUGGAUAGCUUAGCCGGAUUGCGGAAACUGGAAGCCGUCACGAUUCAGAGUGAUAGCUUGAAACGCCUGCCGGACUUUUCCGGUCUACCAAAGUUGAGGUACAUCUCGGUGCAGAGUUCAUCGCUGAUCGAGAUUUCACCGCAGAGUUUUCGCGAUUUGAAGAAUCUGGAAACGGUCAACAUCGUCGGAAGUCGUACCUUGACUCGGCUAGAGGGUGGGCUAUUCAAUGACCUUCCGAAGUUGAGUUUGAUCAAUUUGUCAGAAAAUGGGAUCGAUUGGGUCCAUCUACGAGCGUUCGUUGGAUUACCGAGCUUGAAAACUUUACAACUUAGUGGAAAUAAGGUCGCCGACGCUGGAAUGAUCGGACGAGCAGUGAAGGAUAUUCCCAAUUUGACGAUACUAAAGCUGGAUAGAAACGUGAUCUCAAAGCUGAACGAGGCCAGCUUCGUUGAUCUACCAGCGUUGAAGGAAUUGUACCUGAAUGACAAUACUAUAACGGAGAUAUUCCACGGAGCGUUCCAUAGAACGCCUAGUUUGAAGCUGGUUCAUCUGGAAAAUAACUACUUGAGACGAGUUCACCCGGAAUCAUUCCUCCAGGCUUCGGGAAGUGGAGUUGAAGUCAUCCAUUUGCAGCAGAAUGAAAUCGGGCGCGUUGAAGAGCUUCGAUCCUUGUUGGAUGCCCUUCCAAUGCUUCGAUUCUUAGAUCUAAGCUAUAACAAGCUAGAAUCUAUCCCAUUCGGUGCAUUACGAGGACAUGGAACGCUUGAACAACUCUAUUUGAACAACAAUAACAUUCGGAUGAUUGAACGAGAUGCCUUCAUGGCUAUGCCAGGCCUUCGUGAGCUCCGCCUGAGCAACAAUUCCCUGUCAGAUGUUCUGCCUAUGCCAUUCUGGAAUCUACCUGGCCUCAAAGGCAUUGACAUUUCCUACAACAACUUUCAUCGAGUGGAACCAACUCUACUUAUCGGUGUUCCUUCACUACGAAGGUUCGACAUCAGUGGCAAUUCACUGAGCGUUCUCGAUCCGGCUGCUUUCGUCAAUACCCCGAUGCUGGAAACAGUCAACAUCUCGUUCAACGAGCUGAGUCUGAUCCAUCCGGCCACCUUCCGAGAUUUAAACCACCUCUUCGAAGUAGACGCCGGAAACAACAAACUCCAGGAGUUCAUUCCAGGACUCCCAGUCGCCGUUGAAAGGAUCAACCUCCAACAAAACCAAAUCGCUACACUUCCUCAGCCACCUUCCAACAUCUUGGAUCUACCGGCCCUUCGGAUGCUGGACAUGAGCGCAAAUCAUCUGACUAGACUUGCCAAAGGUACCUUCCAAUCGACGCCGCAGAUGCGAGUCCUGGGGCUGGCGCGAAAUCAACUCCAAAGCAUCGACGAAGGAAGCCUUGCAGGGAUGAGUCGACUCGAGGUGCUCAACUUGCAGGAUAAUCGCUUGCUUGCCCUGCAUGAGCGCUCAUUGAGUUCAUUGGAGAACCUCCGAGAACUUAACUUGCAGGGAAAUCGGAUCGAGGUGCUCGUAGAUCAUCUUCUAGACAACAAUGCAAAUCUGGAGCGAUUCGACGCAUCACGCAACAGCAUUAUAGACAUUUCGCAAAAGGCUUUUCGAAAUAGUCGAUCAUUGCAGGUACUCGACCUAUCGGCCAAUAAGCUGAGGGAGCUGCCGGAAUCGCUGUCAGGGCUGAGUGAGCUACGCGAGAUCGAUGUUAGUUUCAACGAGUUGACAGAUUUGACGCCGAAUGUUCUGGGAUCGUGGCGCAAUCUGGAAGAACUAAAGGCUUCGAAUAAUCGGGUAAAUCAACUGCACCAAGGAUCGCUGAGGAACCUUCCGAUGUUGCAGUACAUGGAUCUGUCCAGUAACGAAUUGUCGAAUCUCGAACACGGAUCCCUGAGAAAUCUUCCCGAGCUACAGGAACUUGUACUGGCAGACAACAAGCUCUCCGAGCUGAAGGACCGGGUCUUUGAGGAUCUACCAAAUUUGCAGGCCGUCCACCUUCAGCAGAACAACCUACACUAUCUGGCACCGCAAACCUUCUACCGAUCACCGUCGAUCGUUUACCUGAAUCUUUCGGCGAAUCAGUUCCGCAGCUUGGACAGCGUUGGGCUGCGAAGUGUUCGCAACUUGGAAGUCCUAGACCUGUCCGGUAAUUCCAUCCGAAAAAUCACGCCGAACCCCUUGCGAGGCCUGGACUGGCUGGUCGAACUUAAGCUGGACAACAACAAAAUCUGCGGCAUCCAGGGAGAACCGUUCAGUUCCAUGCCCAGGCUACGGGUUCUAAGUAUACGUAAUAACCAUAUGGUGCGCGUUCCUGAGACGAUCUUCCGGAAUCUGCGUUCGAACAUCGCAAUCUUAGACGUCGAUGGUAACCCAUUGGAAUGUAACUGCGAGAUACUGUGGUAUCGUGGAUGGCUUCAGGAAACUGGGACUCUCUUCCCAGGUCCACGAUGUAACAAUGGAAAGAUGCUGAUCGAUAUGCGACUGUCCAGAAAUGAAUGCCAAACGGAUGCACGAACCAGUGCAGGUCCUGAUGAUGUGCGGAUACCGCUCACCAACGACCAUGGAGAUGUCUUCACAAGACAACUGGAUUUUGACGAUUGUGGACCGGAGAACUAUGAGGCUCUGCCCCCUGGACCGGCACCCGGAAUAGGACCCGGGAGCAUAGCUAUCCCGCCAUCCCCGGUGGAAAGUGAGUACUUCUUGGAUCAGUACAUUGACUUCCCCAACGCAUUGAACGAUAGUUACCUGGUGGGACAAAUUAAUGGAUCUACAAUUUCAGGAGACCCCCAAAUUCCGCACAACUUCAGCCAAACGAUCGUCGAUUUCAACAAUAACAAAUUUAACAACUUGUACAAUCAACCGCCGCAACAACCGGUACAGAAUAACUCACCAUUCACAUUCUUCGGUGUUCCGAUCCCUAGUUUGAACAUUGGGAAGAUGUUCGGAGGUGCAGGGCGAAGCUCUAACAACCGAGCCGCGGCAGGCACCAGGGGUACAGGAAGAGUUCAAAUCUAUCGUCCAAACGAUCCCAAUUUGCCGCCGAUUUUCAAAAGCGGGGAUCGCGUGGAUACCGCCAUUACGGUAAAAAAUCCUGAAGAUACCCAGGAGAAGAAUUUAGGAGCAUCCAACGACAAUAAUCUAUUCUACCGGCCGUAUUUCAAAACAUCUUUCCAAAAACCGGAAGUUCAAAAAGGUGGAUUUACCCCAGUGAUUCCAGGUAGUGAAGGAGGUUUUAAGCCAAUGACGGAUCCCACCGUGAAGAUCAUCAAACAGAACAUCUCUGGUCCGGGUAAAUGGCCCGAAGAGUUCAGCGAUCGCGUCCCAUUAGUUUCCGACACAACGCGUUAUCUUCAGCAAAACAAAUUCGAAGCAACCAUCAAACCUUCACACCAUGCUCCGUAUUUCGUAGACGGGAUAACCCAUGGGAACCCAGGGCAUGCAGCUAAUGCACAAGCCCCGCCUAGGGACCCUGAAAAUACCAAAGAAAGCACGAACCGCUCUGAAAUUACGGAGAAACCGAACUCUACGAAUAACGUCCCGAAAAACUCCGAAAUGGAAGAAGACGAAAGUGACGAAGGGGACGAGGAAGAUGAUACCGAAGAAGAAGAAAUCGAUCAGGAACCAGCUCCACCAUUCCGAGGCGUUUCCAAGUACGAAGAAUCCGACCUUACCACACGCCUCUCGAUCGAGUUGGGCACUGCCACUACCGCAGGACCCAUAACUUUCAACAAACCUUACACACUGCAUAAAACUGAACCAACCAUGACCCGGGAGCUUACCCGCGCCCCCACAAGCGAAUUCUACGACGGAGUCAACCACUCGCCAAGUUCCCUCUCCGCGUUGGUGUCGCCUGGUUCCCCGCAAAACACGGUCCCCACUGGUACCGGAGCAGGAUCAACGGCCGCUGGAAAGCGACCUCCCGGAAAGUCAACGAUCGAGAAGGUUGCCGCCCCGCUAUCCUCUACCGUGACUCCAUACGUCGGAAGCUCGCCACGUGUGGACAGCUAUUCCCCUGGGACGCAUCACAUCCUGUCCAAGUACGACAACGGCGGAGACUUCGUGACGCAGAGUAUAGCGGACCUGGCGCAGCAUCACCACCAUCCGGACGAAGGGAACGAAAUACGGAAACGAGAGGACAUGGAUUGGUACUAUGCCACUUACAAUCGAACUCCGAUCUACGACGACUUCGAUGGUCCGGGGUUGAACCCGUACAAGAGCGAUGGUAGCACGAAUGGGAGAUUGUCCUGGGUUAUUUUGGCUGGUGUGACGGGUCUGCUGAUGAAGUUCUUAAUGUAGAAUUAUGAGACUUAGCUUCUAAGACUAGUUGGUAGAUUUCAGAGCGCAAACGAGAAGAUGUUACAAUCAAAGAAGUGAUAUAAUUUUAGAGCAACACUCCAUUUGUAAAAAGAUUUCAUUCCACUCGAACCUAAUUGUAGCAAAAAUACAGUGAAUAAAGAUGAUUCCCAGUUGCGUAUUUGUUCACA